GAAGAAUCAUUGUCUGUUCAAAGUGAUACUGAAUCAAUUAAAGAAGAAGAACCACUUUAUGAAGAGUUGACUGUAUUGAGCUCUCAGUUUAAUGAGAUAAAAGAAGAAAACAAAGAAUUGUCAGACAAAUUAUCAAAAAUUAAGGUUGAUUAUUUGAGAUUACUUUCACUUUCUAGUAAUACUGAUUCAGCUGCUAGCAAAGUGAGAAGAGAAAUGUCUUUUGAAAUUGAUGACUGCAAAUUUCAUCUUGAAGCAAUGACAAGACCAGACUAUCAGCCAUUAGUAGAUAAUAAAAGAAUAAUAGAGAAAUUACAAGAAAGAAUAACAUUAAUGAAUAUGGAACUAAUGACUGAAAGAGAACACAAUGAGAAGAUUAAGAAAGAUAUUGAAGAUCAUUUGAAAGAAAUUGAGGAGAAGAGACAGAGAGAAAAGGAAGAACAAAUUGCAAAAGAAAUGUGUUUAGUAAGAAUCAUAUUAUAUUGUAAUCAUCCUGUUACUGGUAAAUUAAAGAAAUCAUUCCUUGAAGUACAUAAAGAUGAAUUACUACCCACAGUACUGGAUAAAGCUUAUGAGUUAAUGAAAUUAGCUCCUCAUAUUCCUAUUGAGAGAUGUCGUUUAGUUAAAUAUGAUUAUGAGCGUCAUGAAAUGGAACAGUCCUUUGAUCUUGAUGAGUUUCAAAAUCUAACUAUUGGACAGAUUAUGGAUGUAAUUAGAUGUUAUAGUUUAUUCUUAUUCUUAGAAACUCGUAAAGAAAAUGAAACCUUUGAGAAAUACUAUACUGGAA